AUAGCACUCACCUUAGCUGGAAUCUUGAUCAACAUUGCAAUUUCCAACCCAUUCAUGAUUGUAGUAAUAAUAGUAUUGGGAUGUGGUUUUUUGAAAAUAAGCCAAUUGUAUAUUUCAACAGCAGCGGCCGUCAAGCGACUUGAAUCUACAGCGAAAUCUCCAGUUUUCUCCCACAUCAAUUCAACCCUAAAUGGAAUGACAACAAUUAGAGCAUCAAAAGUAGAACAAUUACUCAUAAAUGAAUUCGAUGAACAUCAGGACGUUCACACUUCGGCCUGGUAUUUGACAUUAUCCUGCUCAUAUAGUUUUGGUCUUUGGUUCGAUCUGGUGUGCAUAAUAUUGACUGCAUGUGUUUCAUUCAGUUUUGUUGUAAUUCAUACAACAAUCACUACUGUUAAUAGCAGUUCCGUUGGACUGGCCAUUUCUCAAUGCCUGAUGAUGACGGGAAUGUUGCAAUUUGGAAUGCGACAAUUGGCAGACGUAAUCCAACAACUAAUAAGUGUGGAAAGAAUUCUCCAGUAUACAAAACUGGACACUGAAGGUCCUUUUGAGACUCCAGAAGGUACUUCAUUAUCAAAGUCCUGGCCUGAUGAAGGACGAAUAGAAUUCAAGAAUUUGUCACUGAAAUAUGCCAAGGAUGAUCCAGAAGUUUUGAAAAAUCUUAACUUCGUCGUAGAACCAGGAAGAAAGGUUGGCAUAGUUGGUCGAACAGGGGCAGGCAAGUCAUCAAUUAUUGCAGCCCUCUUUCGGUUGGCUCCCACAGAGGGAUCCAUUUUCAUUGAUGGGGUGGAUACAAAGAAUGUAGGACUUUCAGAUUUGCGAAAGAAAAUUUCCAUCAUUCCACAAGAACCAAUUUUAUUCUCUGCUUCAUUGAGGUACAACUUAGAUCCUUUCAAUGAAAUUGAAGAUGACAAACUUUGGGAAGUUUUGGCACAGGUGGAACUCAAAGAAGUAGUGGACUCCUUGGAUUUUAUGGUGACUGAAGGAGGAAACAAUUUCAGUUCAGGUCAAAAACAACUCAUAUGUUUAGCUAGAGCCAUAUUGAGGAAAAACAAAAUUCUGGUUUUAGAUGAAGCAACUGCCAAUGUUGAUCAAAGGACUGAUUCGUUGAUUCAAAAAACAAUCAGAGAAAAGUUCUCUGAUUGUACCGUCCUCACCAUAGCCCACAGAUUGAAUACAAUCAUGGAUGCCGAUGAGGUUCUCGUCAUUAGUUUUGGAAAGAUACUAGAAUUUGACCAUCCACAUGAGUUAAUUCAAAGAGCAGAUGGUCAUUUCCGUGAGAUGGUAGCAGAAACUGGUCCAGUUAUUGCGUCACAAUUGAGAGAUAUUGCUUUCGAAGCUUACAGGAACCAAGAAACUGUGGAGCAAAACACAAAAGUCUGAUGAGAAUAAGCAGUAUUUUAUUGAUUGAUAGAAAAUUGUAUAUACUUCUCCUAAUAGAAAUUAUCAUAAGUAUAUGAUUUCAUACUCUCAGAAACUUAUAUAUUUUUUCUGGACCAAUACUUCCAUCUCAAAAUCAUUGUCUUCAUAAAAUGUUUUCGAACAUGUUUUCACAGUUGAAAAAUAAAAUUUCGAUACGGAAAAUA